CUCGUGAGAAGCACGUGAAUUAGCUUCUUGCAACAGCUGUAGUGUAAGCUCGCUUGGUUGGGAAUAUUUAUGGUGUUUAUUGGUUACGAUGGGUAGAGCGACACAACUUUGCUUGUUACCUGCUCUGGCAGGAUUGGUCCUAUUAACCGUCGUUCAUGCUAGUUCAUACGGCUGGCAUAAACCGCUAAAAGUGAUCCAUAAAGUUAUCAACGUCCCUCAUCCCGUGCCUGUUCCUAAGCCUUACCCAGUUCACAAACCUUAUCCCGUUCCCCACGUGAUCCACGUUCCACAAAAGGUUCCGGUGCCUGUUAAGGUUCCCGUUAUAAAAAAUAUACCAAAAGUAGUACCUAUUCCUAAGGUAAUAUACGUUCCUAGGAUUGUUCAUGUCCCUCACCCUGUCCCCGUUCGGGUUCCCGUUCCCGUCCACAAGCCUGUCCCUGUACCUGUAUACAAAAACGUACCUGUGCCACAUGAGGUUCCCGUUCCCUACCCUGUCCAUGUACCCAAACACGUGCCAGUCCCUGUUCACAAGGUAAUCCACGUGCCUAAGCACGUUCCCAUCAAAGAAAAGGUCCCAGUAUACAAACAAGUGGUCGUCAAAAAGCCAGUGGAAGUGCCUGUACCCAUAUGGAUUAAGAAACCUAGCUACGGCCAUGGUGGCGGAUACGGAGGCGGUGGUCAUGGUGGCGGAUACGGAGGCGGUGUUCAUGGUGGCGGAUACGGAGGCGGUGGUCAUGGUGGCGGAUACGGAGGCAGUGGUCAUGGUGGCGGAUACGGAGGCGGUGUUCAUGGUGGCGGAUACGGAGGCGGUGUUCAUGGUGGCGGAUAUGGAGGCGGUGGCCAUGGUGGCGGAUACGGAGGCGAUGGCCAUGGUGGCGGAUACGGAGACGGUGGCGGAUACGGAUGGGAUUGAAAUCAAGACUGAGAUAAUAGGAAUGUGGCCUGGAAGCAACUUAUUGAAUGUAAAAAAAAAAGAAAAACCAUUAUUUUAGGAGUUGGAUCAUCCGAUUUCCUGUCAUGGCGAUGUAUAUAGUUUUUGUUUUUUUUGGUUUCAUUCCGUCGCUAAGAAACGUGUACAGUUACUUCACCCCUGGAAACGUAUAUAAAACACGCAACUCAGUGGCAAUUGUAAACUUCGUCUGUUCGUCCCCUUUAUUAAAUUCCCGCAUCUUACAUGGCUAUGAUGUUUGGGCGUGUCUGUGUAAAAUAUAUUGUAAACUUCGUCUUUUCGUCCCCUUUAUUAAAUUCCCGCAUGGCUAUAAUGUCUGUGUAGAAUAUAUUGUAAACUUGAAAAUAAAAUAUUGAAGAAAAAA